GGUCAUGCUCCACUGCAGAGGGAAGUUGGAAGCGGUCCUGCUUUUGGGCUAGAUAACACUCGCACUUCCCACUACUGAAUGAGAAGGUGGGAAGACAAAAAGGACACACGCACAGCCACAGUGGAUCUGGGCAUCUGGUGCUUCAUGGAACAAAUGUGGACUUUUCAGGAGCGCCCAAGCAGGGUAUGGCUGUAGGCAGUUUACUACUGCUGUGUGUGGUAAUCUCGUGGCCACGGGAUGCUCAGAGCUUGUACAUAGACUUUGUCUGUAAUAAGACGGUGAGGGAGGCGCUCAAUAUCGUCUCCCAGAUGGAGAGUGACUUGCUCGACUGUGACGACGUCGCGACUCUCCCCAGAGCAGUUCAGCUUCCCUGCACAGCACUCCACGUAGCAUCCUGGGGAAAUAAAUCACUCCAGGAGAAGAGAGGGGACCUAGUGGCUUCACUCAGGCUCCUAAUUGAAGGUGUGAAGUCUGCGAGCGCUCUCAACCAGACAGCAUGUGCUACUUCUGUGCUGCGAAAACUCCAACACAACGUCAACAACUACCUGCUCAUCCUCGCACACCUGGAUCUGAGUGGGGCGGUGGAGAGUCCAGUCCUGUCGUGUGUUCCUAGAAGUACUCGCAGCUUGGGGACAGUACUACUGGCGUACAACAGACUGCUCUCUGGGAAACUGGAGCACUUCAUGGAUAACCUGUCAGACAGCAGUGAUGACGCAGCGGCACAAGAGCGUGAAAGACAAGAGCAGACGAUUUACACGAGUACUCACGAUGCACUGGACACAAGCCAAUACUGUAAAAAGUACAAAGAGGAAAAGAUGGAGGACGUUUAA